AUGGGCUCCUACGACUCUGAGAACGGCGUCGCGCCCGCCCUCCGCUAUAUUCCUCUCUCCUACAGCCCCGCCGAAUCCCAAGCAACCGCCCUCCGUCUUAUUCUUACCCUUUUCCCCCACUGGGAGGGCCCCGAGAACAAGGUCGAGUUUGUGCGAUUCACCGAUGGCAUCACCAACACUCUCUUGAAAAUUAUCAAUCGCAAGGCUGGCUUGACCGACGCGCAAAUUGACGAGGAUGCCGUGCUCAUGCGCGCAUACGGAAAUGGCACAGAGAUCUUGAUCGACCGUGAAAGAGAAACCACUUCGCAUGCCCUACUCGCCGCACGUGGCCUCGCCCCGCCCCUCCUCGCUCGUUUCAACAAUGGUCUCCUCUACCGCUUCAUUCGCGGCAAGCCCUGUGGACACUUGGACUUGGUCACCGCCCCUAUCUACCGUGGCGUUGCCCGCCGUCUUGCCCAGUGGCACGCGGUUCUCCCCACCAAGGGAGCCACCUCAGCACCCUCGCAAGAGUCCUCGAUUAUCGCCCACGCCGAGGCGGAAUCUGCCAAGCAGGAAGACGGAUUUGAGAUCAUCCAACCGCGUCGCGCUGGCCCCUCCAUGUGGGCUGUCCUUCAGAAGUGGAUUCUCGCUCUUCCUGCCUCUACGCCGGAGCAGCGCUCUCGGCGAUUGAGCCUGCAGCAGGAGUUGCAGUGGGUCUUGGCUCAACUGGAUGAUGGCAAGGGCAUUGGCGAAGACGGCCUUGUUUUCUCGCACUGCGAUCUCCUGUGCGCCAAUGUGAUUGUCCUCCCGACAGAGGAUGUCGCUCAGCCCGAGGACGACGUCACCGCCGUCAACUUUAUUGAUUACGAAUACGCCGUGCCUGCGCCCGCCGCCUUCGACAUUGCCAACCACCUGGCUGAGUGGAUCGGCUACGACUGCGACUAUAACAUGACCCCCACCCAGUCGGUGCGCCGUCAGUUCCUGACCGAGUACACCAAGAGCUACUGCGAGAACCGCGGCCUCGACGAGUCCUCCCAGGCGGAGAUCGUCGAUCGCCUGGUUCAGGACGUCGAUCGUUUCCGCGGUAUUCCCGGUCUAUACUGGGGUGUGUGGUCCCUCAUCCAAGCCCAGAUUUCCCAAAUCGACUUCGACUACGCUGGCUACGCCGAAACCCGUCUGGGCGAGUACUGGGCCUGGAAGCGCGAGAUGGAUGGCAGCCGCAAGAAGGCCGGUGAGGAGAUUCCUCUCCGUGAACAGCGCUGGGCGCUGGAGGCAUAA